GCUUCAAUCAAAAGCAAAUAGUCCAUUGCUAACCAAUGAUUUGAUUAAAUUUGUCGGGAUUCUUUUUUCCGCUGUGUCUUUUUUAUAUUGAGUGUACAAUGUGAUAUAGAGUUGGUGACAGUGCGGAAAAUAAAAGCAAAACAAAAUUUAUUGAGCUACUGAAUGAAUUGAACGAAGACGAAAAAAACAAAGACUGGUUUUUACAGUAUUUUCAACUGUCAAUCUAAUGACGACUGAACGAAUCCAGUGAAAUGAGCAACAAUGACAUUUUUGUGCACGGAAUAGACACAGUGACAUUUAUAUUUAUGUUUAGGAUAAUAAUAAUUAUUUUUCGCUCGUAUUUUAUCUUAAAACUGUGAAUUGACAACAAAAUGUAUCCAUCACGAGCGUCUGGCUUGCGAAUCAAUCGUGAUUUAAUGUGCAAACAGGGUUGUGGAUUCUAUGGAAAUGCACAAUGUGAUAUGCUCUGUUCAAAAUGCUAUCGAGAGAAAAACAUACAACAAUUAAAUGAAAAUAAAGUCGUAAAAGAAUCACAAUUGAAACGUGAAGUGCAGGCAGUCAAAUCAAUUUUACAAGGUGGUGCCACUUCAUUGGGUGAACAUUCACAAAUCCAACGACAUGAGUCACAACAUUCCAAAGAUGUACAUCGACAUGUAAAAGACGAUAAAGGCAAGAAGAAACGAAAUUUGUUGGAAGUAUUCAAAAAACCAUCGAAUGCCAAAGAAAUUGGUAAACCAAUUAAACAACGAACCAGUCCACACGUCAUCGAUAAAUUUGAACUCGAAUGCAUCGAAAUUUUGAAGCAUCUCAAAAUUCCCGACAAUGCAAAGAAAGAAUUGACAUAUCUGAUACAAAUGCUGGAGAAUGUGAUAAAAAAGAAGUAUUUGAAUAGCAAUAUUGUGGAAUUAAGUGAAAGCGUUCAAAAUAGCUAUGUCAAGUUUGCCGACUUCAUUAACUCGCCCGAAUCACAAUUUUCAAAUGUUUCGUCCGAAUUAAUCGAGCAAAUUAUCGAUUUCUUCGAAAAAGUUGUUAUGACACGCAACCAUAAAAUACUGUUUUCACCUCCAUUCACAAAUGAUGAAGAAAAAGAUGCUGCUGUUCACAAGCGCAUUCGACAAUUAAGUUGGAUAAAUGCACGGCAUUUGGUGUGUAGCAUUGAUGAAGUGAAUGCCGAUGUUCGUGAUUUAGUUUAUUGUUCAAUUAACGAAUUAAUAUCAAUGGAUUCGUAUCCAUCGCCGCAAGAGAAACUCGAUUGUAUUGUGCGCAGUUGCCGUAAUAUAUUUACAUUGCUGAAGCAUGGCUCAGACGGACCGGCUAGUGCUGAUGAAUUUUUGCCAGCAUUAAUAUUUGUAGUAUUGAAAGCGAACCCAGUUCGAUUGCAUAGCAAUAUAAAUUACAUUACACGAUUCAGUAAUGCAUCACGAUUGAUGAGUGGAGAAGGCGGAUAUUAUUUCACCAAUUUGUGUUGUGCAAUUUCUUUUAUCGAAAAUUUAACGCACGAAUCACUAUCGAUGCCAGUGAGUGAAUUCAAUGCUUUGAUGUCGGGUCAAAUUGCAAUCCAUUCGGUGUGGGAGAGUGCACUGAUGUCAUGCGAAAUGAUGCAUAUGCUGGAUGAAAAUUGUAAAACAAUCACACAGCUAAAUAAACGAAAUAACGAAACACUUGACUAUAUUCAACAAAUGGACAAAGAUAUUACUGAAUUUAAGGAAAAUUUGUCGAAAAAUUUAAAUGCCGUUCUACAGCGCACUCAGUUCGAGUUUAAAGAAAUCAAAACGUUGCAGUCACUACGAGACAACAUAUUGCCUUCAAGUAUCAAACAUAGAUUGUCCUUGGAUCGUCCGUCACAAUUUCAAGCAAACAAUAGCGCCAGCAGUGGUGGUCAUUUUAUGUCAAAUUUGGUAUCUUCAAUGGCUGCAAUAAAUUUGAAAUCAAAAGACAGUCCAUUUCCAUUUGGAUUAGAAGCUGAAUCAAAAGAAUCGGCCACCGGUGAUGCUCUUUCAUCGUCAAAACCAAGCGAUACUGAAACAUUUACGGGUGGUGUGGAUAUUCUUGAAAAUGAAAUUCUACUACCAACCAUUAACGAUCCAAUGAAAUCAAGUCCAAGCAUUGACUAUUUAUCAGUAUCGCCAAGUUUUGGGCCGUGUAGUCUAUCUUUUGAUAAUCAAUCGUUUGAUGAAACAACACCCGACGAAUUUGCGCCAAUUAAUUUCCUAAAAGGCAUCACUAAUAUCAAUUAUGAUUUCACAUUCUCUGAUAAUAGCGGUGAAAAUAGUAUAUCAGAGGAUGUAGCCGGCGAAGCGGCUGGACGAUCAACAACAAUAACAUCAACGCUUGAACCGAUUGCAGUAAAUGCACUCAAAACAUCGGAUUCAAAUUCGUCAUUUAAUUUGGAUGAAUUUGAUCCAUUACGAAAUAUUGAGAAUAGUAAUACAGUAGAAGUGUCCACAUCGUCGUCAUCGCAAUCAAAGCCACUGAAUAUCAGUUUAACCGACUCAAAACCAACAACAUUAAUCGAAAGCGAAGAUUCACCCAAUCAAGUACUAUUACCCUCACCACUUAAACCAACAUCUACCGACUACAAAGGAUUUUCCAAUUCAAACAUACCAACGAUAUCGUGCAAUACCGGCGACUUUAGUUCGCUCAACUAUGCGGAUGCCAACAAUCAACAAAGUUAAAUCUACUCUACCGAAAACGACGACCACAAGCUCACAUAACUAAUUGCUCAUGAUACAUCCGAUAGAUGUGUGUGUUUGUGUGUGUGUGUCAGCAUAUGCAUGUAUAUAUAUGUAUAAGAAUUUUCCAUGUGACAUAUUUCACUGUUUUAUAUGUCUCUUUGUUUAUCUCAGUCGUUCAGUCAUGCAGUAGAUCAUCCGUUCGCUCACUUGUGGAUAUUGCGCUGUACACUCCACUUCAAUUGUUCAUAUUUGGAUCUUAAUGUCAAUUGCUUUUCCAUUUCAAUAUUGCCACCCAAACCGAAUGAAUCAAUCUAUAUUAUAUACAUACAGGGUGGCGCAUUUAAUCGGGUUUUCCAGGGGGGUGGGAAUUUUGAAAAACCCUUUGAGGGGUAUGUUGUGGGUAAAAAAUAAAAAAUUUCUA